AUGGCUAGACGCUUCGCCAAGCACCAAACCGAGCAGCUAAAGGCGGCUUUUGAAGCAUCCAGCCACUUAACUAGAAAGACGAAGAUGGAAUUAGCCAUGGCUACAGGACUGGACGUGGAGCAAAUAGCCAGCUGGUUUAACCGGAAACGAGCUCGGACUAGGGCUAGGGACGCCCUGGCCAAGCUCGAGGUGGCUCAUGUUCGGGUCCAACAGGAGCUGGAGCUGAGCCGAGUGAAUGAAGCGGAGCUGCAAAGGGAAAUUCAAGAGAGCCGGAGUAGAGAAGCUGAGAUGGAAGAGGAGAACCGGCGCUUGAAACAAAGGGUUGCGAUUGCGGAAGGCGAUCAGCAGUUCGUUUCAUUGAUGCGGUUUUGA